AUGGCGCUGGCCGCCCGUCUUUUACCGCGCUUGCUACUUUCUCGGCCUCUACCGGGCUGGGUCGCCCGGCUCCGGAGUCUCAGUUCGGCCGAGGUGAAGCGCCCAUUGUCUGGACUUUGCUACUUCUGCCGCCGCCGCCUCGGCUCGGGAGCAGCCCCAUUUCCUCGAGUCUCUUGGGCCUCCGCGGCCUUGGCCCUGUCUGCUCGGGGUCCUCAGCGUCCCUUGCUCAGCCCCCUGGAAGUCGCCUCAACCCUCCCCACUUUCCCUUCUUGCCCCCGGCGAACCUACAGCACCGAGGAGCAACCCCAGCAGCGUCAGAAAACCAAAAUGAUCAUUCUGGGGUUCUCCAACCCCAUCAACUGGGUUCGGACUCGAAUUUACUCCUUCCUUAUCUGGGCCUAUUUCGACCAAGAGUUCAGCAUCACAGAGUUCUCAGAAGGAGCGAAGCAGGCUUUUGCUCAUGUGUCCAAAUUGCUGUCACAGUGUAAGUUUGAUCUAUUGGAAGAACUUGUGGCCAAAGAGACUCUACGUGUAUUGAAAGAAAAGGUUACUUCACUACCUGACAACCAUAAAAAUGCUCUUGCUGCUGACAUAGAUGAAAUUGUGUACACAUCAACAGGAGACAUCUCCAUUUACUAUGAUGAGAAAGGAAGGAAGUUUGUUAACAUCCUGAUGUGCUUUUGGUAUCUAACCAGUGCCAACAUCCCCAGUGAAGCCAUAAGUGGAGCCCGUGUGUUCCAGGUUAAGUUGGGGGAUCAGAACGUGGAAACUAAACAACUUCUUAGUGCAAGCUAUGAGUACUCUGGUGAGAGUUCAGACACAGAAUUGAAGGGUUCCUGCCCUUAAGGAGGUACUGUCUAAUGGGAGGUUAGCAACUUAUUCAAAUGAGACACUGUAGUGUAUUAUUAUGUGAAUAAAAUUUGGAACAGUGAACAAUUCAAGAGAGUCAGUGGAGAUAUACUUUAAUAUCUGUUUAAAAGAAUACUUUUACGUCAUUAAAGUUAUACAAAUUUGCUUUAAAACAAUGAACAAAACCCCAAAAUGACCUAAGAAAGAAAAUGUAUCCUGUUUCACUAAGGUAAAGAGAAUUGUAUCUUCAUUUUUUCACUUCUUGAAGGAAAUGUGCUUUUUUUUUUUUUUUUUUCCCAUUUCUUUUUUCCUGUGUGGAAUUUUGCUUUAUUUGUAAUUGCCCAAAAUAUUCUAUAUAUUUAAGUACUUAUUUAAUUUAAAUCUACUCAAUUGUCUCUUUUUAAAGAUAUCAUUUAGAACACUAUAAUCAACACUAACCUUUGGUUGUUCUGAUAGUCCCUACUAAGAUCACAGGCAGGUAAUAAAGACUGCUAUUUUCAAGAAUGAACUUAGUGCCAGCUGUGAGUAAAUCUAAUCACAUAACCAACCUCCAUGGAAGUGCUGUUUUAUCAGCGUAGUCCAGUUUUUUUCUCCUCAUAUUAGGCAUAUAUUAUAGCUAGUACUUAGCAGAAAAACACGUUUCUCUCGCGGACUGGCAGAUAUUGGAGUGUAUAUAGAUCUGUCUAUUAAAAAUACUCAGUUGAGAAUGCACUUCUAAUUUUUGUGGGGAUAUUUUUUGUGAUCAAAUUGGUAGGUUAAACUUUUGAUUUUUAUUUACCAUUAUCUGUUAGCUUUUUGCUAAAAACUGCCUCAACUAUGUACUUGCAAAUUACAUAGUGAUCCAGGAAGUUUUUGAACUGAUACAGGAUACACAUUGUUUAUAACGUUUCCUUAGAUUUCAGAGAGAGUUUACACAAGGAGUAAAGCCUGACUGGACCAUUGCACGGAUUGAACACCC